AUGGUCACCGCCAAAUUUGUAUGGAAGCUCGUGACGGUGCCAGCGGUAAUAUUGCGUACAAUUGUACAAUACUUCACUACAGGAACCGUGUAUUCCAGAACAAGCUCCGAGUUCACCGAUUCCUUAUUUAAGAAUGUCCAUAUGUCUGUGAUAUAUCAUCUUUCCGGGGCCAUAGCAAAGGAGAAUUGUAGACAGUUUGUUUAUACCAAGAUGACCAAGUUUGUAGACAAGUAUGCCGACAAUGCUAUGGUGAAGAAUGUGCUUAAAGGUUACGGAGUUGCAUACGGCAAGCACUCGCGAUGGAUAGUGAAAAAUAAUGGUCCCAAUGUGGUUGUGUUUCUUCAUGGAGGAGGAUACAUGCUCAAUGUGUUCGAAUCACAAUAUGUGCAAUUGUUGGCAUUGUACCAUGCUUUGCCUCGUCAUGUUCAAGACAACUUGUCGAUUGUGAUAAUCGAGUAUUCUUUGACGAUACACGAGCACACCUACCCUACGCAAAUCCAUGAGACGUUGGAAUUGUACUCGCAAUUGGUAUCUGAUGGGUACAAUGAAAUCACGCUUAUGGGAGGUUCUGCUGGAGGAAAUUUGGCACUUGCAAUCAGUCGGUUCAUCGCUUAUCCAGAAGAAGCCGCUGGUCAUUUUCUGCAAUUUAAGCAAUUCGAUUUCAAUUUUGGACCUUUGCCUCAACCCAAGGCACUUCUCUUGCUGUCGCCUUGGGUGCAACCAGCAACUGCUAACCCAGUUCCUACCAAAUACGGAAUCGAUGUCACUGGAGAUUUGGGUUCCAGAGACACUUAUAUGGGAGACUGUUACCUUGGUGGUGUUUCCAAAGAGGCUACUAUUCCGUGGGUAACCUUCACCGAGACGAAUUUCCAGCAACACUGGGCAAAAGUAGAGCCUAUAGUUACCAACGGUCGUACCUUGAUAAUCUGCGGAGAACGAGAAGUACUCCGAGCCGGCAUUGAAAAAUUCGUGGAUAUCGUCAACGACGGCGGAAACGUCGAGUAUGUUUUGGAGAAGGGUGGGGUGCACGACUGCUUGGCCUACGUGGAGAGUUUGGACUACUUGGGCAAAAAGGGCAGUGAGAAGGCACUUCGAGGAGAUUUCAAUGACAAGUUUUGUUUCAACCAAAUCACCAAGUAUUUGGAUCUUCUUGUAUAG